AUGUACUUCGAAGCGGUGAUCUUCAGCGUUCUGAGAGGACCCUUCAUCGAAGACUUUUACCAAUGCGUCACCUUCGGUUUCUACACAGCACCUUGGCAGGAACAGCUCUACACCACUCUCAGCCUCAUCCUCAUGUUCCUUCUGCCUCUGCUCACUCUCAUCGUGACCUAUGUCACCACUUUCAUCACUAUAGCCAAUCAAGAGAACAUGUUUCAGGAGCGCACAUUAAGCUCCCCCACAGCCAUAGAUGGCGCUCGUCACAAGAUUCUCCAUAAAGCCAAGAUCAAGUCCCUCAUGAUCACCGUGGUCAUCGUGCUCACUUUCGUCGUCUGCUGGACACCUUACUACGUCACCAUGAUUAUCUUCAUCUUCUUAGAUCCGGAUGAGCACCUCAGUCAGAACCUGCAGACAUUCGUCUUCUUUUUUGGAAGUUCCACAGCUAUGAUCAAUCCUCUCAUCUACGGGGCCUUCCAUCUGAGAAGAAGGAAACCAAGAUCCCCAGCCAAGUCGACUACCCUCGUCAAUAACAGCAGUCCUACACGAAUGGAGAUCUCACUCACCACUUUCCACAAAGACAGUGGAAAUUAUUGA